GGGGGGGUCUCAGCUCGUGGAAGGAAAAGACAGAUGAGCUCAUUCCAGUGACACACGGCCUGUUUUUGCAUGCUUUCAAAUGACAUGAAAACAAAGGGAUGACGAAUGAAGCCAUCACCCUUAAGCCGAGCAGGAGGUUACAAAUAGGGAACGGGGGAAUUGCCAUUGUGUGUGUGUGUGAGUGUGAGUGGACAUGGAUGUGUGUGAUUGCGAGUGCACGGAUGAGUGUAGGUGUAUGUGAGGGUUAAAUGUAUGUGUGUGAGUGCAAGUAUGUAAUGGCGUGUUUGUGUGUGCAUGAAAGCGUGUGUGAGAAAUGUGUGUGUCGGUGCGUGGGAAUGUGUGUCGACGUGUGAGUAUGCGAGUGAGCGUAUUUGUGGGGGAGUAUGCGUGAGUGUGUGUUAAGAGUUCUUCAGCGCAGCUUUCACCGACACCUCCAAUUUGGUCCCACUGAUUGGACUCCAUGUUGGCUGAGUCCCAGGCUUCACAGACUUUUUCCCGCCCUUGACUGUGAAUGUUUGUAUGGUGUGUUCAAUAAAGACCCGAAAACAUGAAUCCUAUUUAAAUCAUGUUAAAGACUUUGUUAAUAUUGCAAUUGAGUAAGAUGAUGUUGUGAGUGUAAUUUCUUGAAAAUUAGCAUUUUUGCUUACUUUUGGGACAGCCUGUAUAGAAAAGCACAAGGUACUAUUCCACUUGCUUUAUGCAUGAACACAAGACAAAACGGCUACGCAGCAACUUUGGCUUCCAUUUUUGUCGCUGACGUCACACCAACACACGGCGGCAUAUCGAUUUUGCCGAGGAAAAAGGGGCGUUCCCACCGCAAUUAGUUAUUUACCAAUUGCUCUAAAACAGAUUCUUGGAAAUGACUGUCAAUUUCAUUUUCGGGAGCAAAAAGUACAUGAAAUGUUGGCCAUCUGGAUGCUCUAGGUCAUUUCACUGUCCCUUUGUGCUUUCAUCUGAAAUGUUUUACCAAAAUUUUACCAAACCAACCUUUUCUAGUAUUUGGGAUAUUGUCUCUAUGGUGCCUCAGCAAACAUGUGAAAUAUGAAUUCAAGUUGGCUACGCAUUCCUGAGUUCCAGACGUUUUUCUGCCGAGGCCUGAAAUCAGGUCAUUGGAAUUUCUCGAGCUUAUCUACAUCACUAGCGAAGAUUUCCGCCUACCUCUCUGCUCCGAGGCAGCGCUGGUAACGUAACAGCUCUCACAAGUGGGUAUUCUACACGGAGGCAACCAAUCAGUGACAAGGGGGCGGUCUUAGCCAAAUGUGGACAUCUACACGGAGGCAACCAAUCAGUGACAAGGGGGCGGUCUUAGCCAAAUGUGGACAAAGUGGAAACAACACUGGUUCAAACAGAAGGAGCUGACCGAGAGGCCUUUUCUGGACAUUCGUAUGACAGAACCAAGGUGUUUUAUAAAACGAAAUUGACACUUUUAUAUUAAGUCCGUGUUAGAGAGUCACUCUAUGGAGGUCUAAAUAGCCAAAAUACGGGACCUUUAAACGCACUGUUGUGUAAUAAAUACAUACAGUAUGAGUAAGAGAGACAACAGCGCCAUCCGCUGGUGCGCUGCGCCCUCCCUCAGUCAGACUGAGUCAUUUAGGAAUCUGGACGUGUGGGUUUUUUUUCUUAAACGCUCCGACAUUCCAGUAGGUCACUGAAUGUCACACGGGGCGGGGUUGCAUUCAGGGGCCCUCCUCUCUCCCCUCCCUCCGCAGCACCACCACGAGGCUCCAGUGUUGACAGACAGGCCGCCUCCAGGCACGCAUCGCUCGGCCUUGCUAAGCCAAGCGCAGCCCCCCCUCCACCCCCGUCCGUCCUCCGACACCCACCGGGACAAGUAGCAAUUAUAACCCCCCUCCCCUCCUCACUCCCCGCUUGGAAGCGUCUUAAUUCGGUGGCUCACAAAGGUUUUAAGCGGCCGUGCGGGAAUUACCCGCAGUCCGGUCCCCCGCAUUUAGCACGGAGCUAAGCGGACCUGGAGCGAGCCGCCCUCUCUUCAUUUGUCAACAAAAGCCCUUCCCCCCACGCAGGCUCCUUAAAAGGAUGGUUUGGCCAACAACCGAGCCGUGGCUAACGUUCUCGCUUCCCCGUCGCCUUCAUAUGCUGCAGUGUUGACUCCCCCCCCCCCCCCCCCUCACCGUCGCCGAGCUAGCAUGGCGGAGCGUGCGGCCAAGCGGCUCUGCUGUAGGCCGGGCUACGGCUCGACGUGUCGGCCGGACCAGCGAGCCGGGGCCGGCGCCGGGGCUCCGACGGCGGAGAGUCCGGAGUCGUUGCUGGACAUCGCGGCGAGGCGCGUGGCGGAAAAGUGGCCCUUCCAGCGGGUGGAGGAGCGUUUCGAACGGAUUCCGGAGCCCGUACAGCGGCGGAUUGUGUACUGGUCGUUCCCGAGGAGCGAGCGAGAGAUCUGCAUGUACUCGUCGUUCGGAAGCGGGACGGAGGAGCCCGGCGGCCCGGAGAGCGGCGACGAGACUCGGCUGCCCUUCCGCCGCGGCGUCGCUCUCCUGGAGGGCGGCUGCGUGGACAACGUCCUGCAAGUGGGCUUCCACCUCAGCGGCACGGUGCGCGAGCCGGCCACGCCCUCGGAGCCGGAGCUGCUGUGCAACGUGAGCGUGAGCUUCGACCGCUGCAAGAUCACGGCGGUGACGUGCGGCUGCGGCAACAAGGACAUCUUCUACUGCGCCCACGUGGUGGCGCUGUCGCUGUACCGCGUGCGCAGCCCCGAGCAGGUCAAGCUGCGGCUGCCCAUCUCGGAGACGCUCUUCCAGAUGAACCGCGACCAGCUGCAGAAGUUGGUCCAAUACCUGAUCACGGUGCACCACACCGAGGUGCUGCCCACCGCGCAGAAGCUGGCCGACGAGAUCCUGUCGCAGAACUCUGAGAUCAACCAGGUGCACGGCGCUCCCGACCCGACCGCCGGGGCCAGCGUGGACGACGACAACUGCUGGCAUCUGGACGAGGAGCAGGUCCAGGAGCAGGUCAAGCUCUUCCUGUCUCAGGGCGGCUACCACGGAUCCGGCAAGCAGCUCAACCUCCUCUUCAGCAAGGUGCGAGAGAUGCUGAAGAUGCGGGACUCCAACGGCGCCCGUAUGCUGACGCUGAUCACGGAGCAGUUCAUGGGGGACCCUCGGCUGGCACUGUGGCGCCAACAGGGGACCACCAUGACCGACAAGUACAGGCAGCUCUGGGAUGAACUCGGGGCGCUGUGGAUGUGCAUCGUCCUCAACCCUCAUUGCAAGGCCGACCAGAAGACGGGGUGGCUCAGGCAGCUCCGCCGCUGGAACGGCGUGGACGUGUGCCCCCUAGAGGACGGAAACCAGGGCAGUAGCCAGCUCAGCAACAUCACCAACGCCAUACCACGAGGACACAACGCCAAUCCCGACUCACCUCAGCGCACGGUGUUCACGCGGGCCAUGGAGGCCUGCGACCUGCACUGGCAGGACGCCCACCUGCAGCGUAUCCUCACCGAGGACCGCUACGUCGACCGCUGUCGCCACGACAACCCGGACCUCUUCGACGGCCGGGGGUGGCCCCUGUGGCACGAGCACGUCCCCACGGCGUGCGCCCGCGUGGACGCCCUGCGUUCUCACGGGUACCCCAAGGAGGCGCUCCGGCUGGCCGUGGCCGUGGUCAACACGCUACGCGGGCAGCAGCGCAAGCAGCUGGAGUUCUUCCGCACUCACAAGAAAGAGGUGCUCCACAAGGGCAUGACCUCCGUCACCAACCUGGAGGGCUGGGUGGGACACCCGCUGGACCCCGUGGGCACCCUCUUCAGCACCCUCACGGAGACCGAGACGGACGCCGUGCUGGACGAGGGAGAGACGCCGGCGGCGCUGGCGGCGGAGGUGGCGCUGAUCGGCCUCGGGCAGCAGCGGGCCAUGCCCGACGGGCUCUACGCGCAGGAGAAGGUGUGCCGCAACGAGGAGCAGCUGCUGGCCAAACUGCAGCAGGUGGAGCCGGACGACGUGCUGGUCAACGUCUUCCGCAAGCAAGCCGCCAUCUUGCUGGACGCUGGUCCGUACAGCGGUCUGGGCGAGUUGCUGUACAGAGAGAGCGUCCCCAUGCAUACCUUCGCCAAGUAUCUCUUCACCUCGCUGCUCCCUCACGACGCCGAGCUGGCCUACAAGAUUGCACUGAGGGCCAUGAGGCUGCCGGUCCUGGAGUCCAGCGUGACGUCCGGCGAUCUGUCCCGCUCGCAUCAUCACAUGGUGUCGGUGGUGGCCAAUCGUUACCCUCGCUGGUUCACCCUCAGCCACAUUGAGUCCCAGCAGUGCGAACUGGCGUCCGCCAUGCUCACCGCUGCCAAAGGUGAUGCUCGCAAGCUGCAAACUGUGCUCGAGUCCAUCCAGAAGAACAUCCACUCCUCCUCGCACAUCUUCAAGCUGGCCCAGGACGCCUUCAAGAUCGCCACCAUGAUGGACGGCCUGCCCGACCUGACGCUGCUCAAAGUCUCUCUGGAACUGGGCCUCCAGGUGAUGAGGAUGACACUGUCCACCCUCAACUGGCGGAGACGAGAGAUGGUGCGCUGGCUCGUCACGUGUGCCACUGAAGUCGGCGUGUUUGCACUGGACAGCAUCAUGCAGAGCUGGUUCACCCUCUUCACACCCACAGAGGCGACAAGCGUGGUGGCGAGCAGCAUCAUGUCCAACAGCACCAUCGUGCGCCUCCACGUGGACUCUCGGCAGCAGCAGAACUUGGCCAACUCGGCACGGACCCUGGCGCUACAGUGCGCCACGAAAGACCCGCAAAACUGCGCCCUGUCGGCCCUGACGCUGUGCGAGAAGGACCACGUCGCCUUCGAGACGGCCUACCAGAUCGUGCUGGACGCCGCCUCCACGGGCAUGAGCUACACACAGCUGUUCACCAUCGCGCGCUACAUGGAGCCUCGCGGCUACCCGAUGCGGGCGUACAAGCUGGCCACGUUGGCCAUGACGCACCUGAACCUCAGCUACAACCAGGACACACACCCGGCCAUCAACGAUGUCCUGUGGGCGUGCGGCCUCAGCCACUCGCUGGGUAAAAAUGAGCUGGCGGCCGUCAUACCGUUGGUGGUGAAGAGCGUCAAGUGCGCAACGGUGCUGUCGGACAUCCUGCGGCGGUGCACGCUGACCGCGCCCAGCAUGAUGGCGCUGCACAGUCGCAGGAACACGGCGAAGCUGAUGUCGCUGGACAAGGCGCCGCUGCGGCAUCUGCUGGACGCCACCAUCGGCGCCUACAUCAACACCACGCACUCGCGCCUCACGCACAUCAGCCCGCGACACUACGGCGAGUUCAUCGAGUUCCUCAGCAAGGCGCGCGAGACCUUCCUGAUGGCACACGACGGCCACGUGCAGUUCACGCAGUUCAUCGACAACCUCAAGCAGAUCUACAAGGGCAAAAAGAAACUCAUGAUGCUCGUGCGAGAGCGAUUCGGCUGACGGAUGAAAAACAAAAAGAAAGAUAAACACCAAAACGCCACUUUUACUUGAGUUUUAUCCUACAACUUGAAAUGAACCUAAAGUCUUAUUGAGUCUUUGAACAUUUCAAGCGAUUGGACCGAGAUGUGAAUGACAAAAGACUGCAGUAAAUCUGUUUAUCGCAGUUCCUGUCUUGAUGAAAAUAUGCUAUAUAGAGACCAUCGCUUAAAAAUCUGCAAUAUAGUGGGGGCCACCAACGAUGAACCGUAGUGUAGCGGGGGUUCACUGUACUUGGGUGCAUCUGUGACUGUGAGACUUGCUUUUUUGGUUUGUUUUGUUUUUUGUUUUUUGAAUGCAUGAAUUUUACACUGAAUACAAACGUUAACCUCCACCUCGCCCGUCGCUUACAACCUCAAAGAGAAGAGCGGCUUUGAACCAAAUGGAGUGACCAAUCAGUACCUCUUCUUCUUUUAGUAUCCAGCUUUAUGGCACCAUAUUGGGGUUAGAAUUAGGGUUGGGGUUUGAUUUGGGUAGAGUUAUGGUCAGGGUUGGGGGUUACGGUAUAUAUUAGAGUUGGUGGGACCCUAACCUCAACCCAUUGAGGUGAGGGAUAGAUGUGGUAUAAGGGUAGAGUUGGGUUAGGGUGGAGCGGCUGGUGUUUGGAUUCCAGUUGGGGUAAUGUUAGGGUUAGAAUUGGGGAAGGGUGCGGUUGGGUUAAGUUCGGGGGGUUUGGGUUGGAGUUGGGUAAUGUUAGGGUUGACUUAAUGUUGGGGCUCGAGUUAAUGUUAAAGUUAGGGAUAGACAAGUGGUAAGGGUUGGGUUGAGGUGCCGCAGUUCAGGCUUGGGUUCCAGUUCUGUCCCAGAUUCAGGAAAACCUCAUUGGGUUUAGCUUGCUUGCUGCACGUUAACAGAAAACUCAGGGAUUUCUCUUGGGCGAAAAAAAGCAACACAAGAAGAAAGGAGAACAAAAGCAUUUUAUAUGUAAAUAUGAAAAAUAUAUGGGCAACAAAUAUAUGUUAGCUAAUUUAUGACAGAAGAGUCUAUGUGAGGCACAAUACUUGAAGCUGCAGUAUUUUUUUAAUACAAAAAACAAAAAAAAACAUAUCACGAGGACUUGACAGGAAGUGGACCAGCAGAGUGCAUUGUGGAAGGAAGAGCGAGCAAACCCAACGAAACUGCUUCAAGUUUCACUUCCGAGCUUCAUCCUGAGAAAUGUUUCCUCUCCUGUGGUCCUGAGCAGCCUUCUUUCUUGCCUUGUCGUCUUAACGCAUAUGUAAAAACCAUUUCAGCAUUUAUUCCAUAUGCUUUCUAUCCAGCUCCAGCUCCAGGUCCAGGUCCAUGUCGUACCCGCUUUGUCCUCACGAGCAGGACAACUUUUGCAUACACGAACUACACGGAGUAAUUUCUCAAAACUGCUUUCCAUACAACCAAAUGGGAGCUGUGACUACCAAACGUUUGUGUCUUUUAUUUUUUCUUCCUUUUAUUUUUUGUUUUUGGGGGGGGGGGGGGGGGCAUGCUUAAAAUGAUCAUUUCAGCUGUGUCGUCGUUAGUGGCUUUUGUUUUAGAUACUGUUAUUUAUUACGCUAGAUAAAAUGAAAAGAUUGUACCGCAGCGUGGACAUGCUCAUGAAACUGAUGUUUGAUACACUGAUCCGUUUAUUUAUGUAACUAAAUCACUGUUUUAUAAACUUGUUCAAAGAAU